AGGACCCGCGGCGCCGGUAUGGAGCGCGCGCCCUGGAGGCUCUGGCUUUUGAGCUGCUGCUGCCUCGCUCUUGAGGCCGCUGACCCGGGAGCCACGGUCACCCCGACCUGGUCUAGGAGCCGCGGGAGAGACGCAGCCGCCUUCCGGGAAAGUCUUCGUAGACAUCGAUUCUUGAAUUCUUCUCCUUGGAAGAACACCACUGCCUUCUAUGGAGUAAAUCAGUUUUCUUAUUUGUUCCCCAAAGAGUUUAAAGCUAUCUAUUUAAGGAGCAAACCUGCCAUGUUUCCCAGACAACCCACAGAAAUGUACAAGCCCAUCCCCAACGUGUCCUUGCCACUGAGAUUUGAUUGGAGAGACAAGCAUGUUGUCACGCAAGUGAGAAGCCAGCAGAUGUGCGGAGGGUGCUGGGCCUUCAGCGUGGUGGGUGCCAUGGAGUCUGCACGUGCCAUACAAGGGAAGCCCUUGGAAGUCCUCAGCGUGCAGCAGGUCCUCGAUUGCUCCUAUAAGGACGAUGGCUGUGGAGGAGGCUCUCCACUCAAUGCUUUGAGAUGGCUAAACAAGACUCAGGUGAAGCUAGUAGAAGACUCUGAAUACCCAUUUAAAGCUCAAAAUGGCCUGUGCCGUUACUUCUCUUCUUCCCAGUCUGGAGUGUCAGUCAAAGACUAUACUUCACAUGACUUCAGUGAGCAAGAAGAUGAGAUGGCAAGAGCACUUUUGACCUUUGGUCCUUUGGUUGUGGUGGUAGAUGCGGUGAGUUGGCAAGAUUACCUGGGAGGCAUAAUACAGCACCACUGCUCUAGUGGAGAAGCAAACCAUGCUGUCCUCGUAACUGGGUUUGAUAAAACAGGAAGAAUUCCAUACUGGAUAGUUCGGAACUCCUGGGGGCGUUCCUGGGGAGUAGAUGGCUAUGCACAUGUGAAAAUGGGCAGUAAUAUUUGUGGUAUCGCGGAUUCUGUGUCUGCUGUAUCUGUGUGAUCCACUGGAGAUAUCAAGAGGCAGCUGAGAAAGAAAAGUUUACACAAGGCAGGAAGGGUCAUUCACUGCUUCAUUCUAAACAUUGCUCCACUACAAGCUUCAGCAACAACUUACACAAGCUUCUUCGAUCUAGUAGCAUUUACCUAUGUGGCAUGUGUCCCCUUUAUGUAGACUUUCAGAGGAACUCCAGCCCCUCAGCUUACAGGGAAUCCUGUGAAACAUGCCCUACUCUGGGACAAAAUUUAGAUUGGUACCAGUUUUAAGGACCUCCAACUUGAAGAAGCUAUUUUUUUAAGUGUUCAUUGAAAACUUUUUUAAAAUACUUUUUAAAAUUAAAUUUUAAUUUAAAUG